CGCAGCGACGUGAAGCAGAACGCAAGCUGUUUAAGCUCUAAAAAUCAGUACAAGAGUUAUCUUAUUUAAUCAGAUAAUAAUAUUACCGAUGUGAACCAUUGUUCAUCUUACAUUUAAUUUGCAAUCCUAUGAAAAAGAGGUAUUUUAGCGGCAAAAGAAGCACUGUACUGAAUUUUAAGUUUCAAAUAAAGUGCCGAGGUGAAUUAGCCCAAAAAAUUUAACAAAAGUGUUUUAAAAUAGAAUUUAUUUUAAUUAAAAAUUUUGAUAGCAUUUAUUUUGGAAGUAGAUGCAUGGAAUAACCCUCAAUGAAGCUUAGUUCCAAUUUUAUUUUAAAAAUUAAAAUGUAAAAUUGACACAUGAAGAAACUGAACGCAUCGUAUUAGGUGCUAAAAAACUUCAUAAUUUCCACAAACUCGAGAAUAUAGUCAGAGAUACAAAAUAUUGUUAGUGCCAAAGAGCUCCAAAAAUUAUCGAUCAGCGAGCAUGACGACUCGUGGCGCGAUGUUUGCCGCGGUUUUGUCGCUGCUGCUGGGAGCGUCCAUGGGCCUGAGCGCCGGUGACGUCAUCAGGAACGCGGCGCAACUCGACGACCAAGGAAAGUUCUUCAUGGCGUGGACAGCUGAGACCGAGCAUGUGACCUUCGAAAUACAGGUGGCCACCCUCGGCUACGCGGGGCUGGGCUUCUCCCCCUCGGGGGGCAUGCAGGGCGCCGACAUUAUCCUGGGCUGGGUCGACGACAGCGGCGAAGCUCACUUGCAUGACAUGCACGGCGUGGGCAACAGCCCGCCAGUAGAGGAUCCCUCACAGGACAUGGUCCUGAUGGAGGGCCGCCGCAACGACACGCACACGACGCUGCGCUUCAGACGUCCCUGGGUCACCUGCGACAGCAGCCACGACAUGGCGCUAUCUUCUGAUACGGUGAAGGUGAUAUUUGCGUACGACCAAGAGAGGCCCGUGAACCUGUCGAAUCUCCAGCACCACGACUACAGAGGCGUCAGGAGCUUGUACCUGCAGGAACCCAGGAUGGAAGCUCCACUCAAAACUGAGGACGUCAAACACUGGGAUGUUCAAGUAAAUAAUUUUCUAGUGCCAUCACAAGUACCGUCAACGUACUGGUGCACAAUUAAAAAAUUCCCCGGUACGACCGAAAAGCAUCACUAUAUUGGGGCAGAACCGAUCUUCAGUCCGGAGUCCCACAAAGAUCUCAUUCAUCACAUGAUCCUCUACGAAUGUUUCGUGGCGAACAGCUCCCGCGUGUUCGAGCGCUACGUCGAGCUACAAGGAACUCGAUGCUACACUAACAGAAUGCCGUCUCUCUUUAACAAUUGUGCAAGACCGAUUGUUGCGUGGGCAGUAGGAGCAGAAACUCAAAGCCUUCCUGCUCACGUCGGCGGAAGACUGGGAGAAAAAUGGGGCGGAGCCGACUACUUCAUGAUGGAAAUUCAUUACGAAAAUCAGGCAAAAAUUAAUGGCACUAGGGACAACAGCGGCCUCCGACUUUUCUACACUCCCAAGCUCCGAAAAUACGAUGCGUCCCUCCUGGAUGUCUCCCACGCCGUGGGGGCCGAGCUCCUGAUACCGCCUCUAGCCCCGACCUGGCCAGCGUAUGGACAUUGCAGCUCCGAGUGCACCAGAGCGACCAUCCCUCCCACCGGGAUCAACGUGGUCGCCGGCUUCCUGCACUCGCACCUGCUAGGUCGGGCCAUCGCCCUCUUACACAUCCGCAACGGCACUGAAUUGCCACCCAUCUUUUCAGAUAAUGCUUACAGCUUCAAGUACCAACAGUUUCAUCAACUGAAGCAAGAAGUGACUAUACUGCCUGGCGACCAUCUUACAACCGUCUGUUCCUACAACUCCUCUGGACGCAUUCAUCCCACAUUCGGCGGACUCCGGACCCAGGAUGAAAUGUGUUCAAUAUCCCUGCUCUACUACCCGUCCAUGGCGCUAAGUACAUGUUCCUCCGUGCCAUUCUUCGAAGAAAUACUAAAAAGUGUUGGGGUGACCAGCCUCUAUGAGGAACGUUCACCGAGUCCAAUCACGAAGAAGGCUCUCGACGCUCUCGAUGAAGAACGGUUUGAAUUUAUGAAGCUAGGAGCUGAGAAAGCAAUAGGAGAAAAUUCUGGGUUGGACUUCAAUCGCUAUCGGGCCAUCAAGAUCAAGGAGCCUUACGGUCUGCAGAAUCUGACGCUGUAUGAUCACCUGAAUGAGAGGAACUUUUGGAUCAGCGGGAAGUGGCAGGACAAACUGCGGCUGCUGCAGACGUCGCACUACGUUCAGCUUACCUGUUCCGACGGAGCUCAAGUGCAACUUGCGAAGUUCUCGCCGGUUUUGACCGUCCCAGAAUUCGAACCGUACAGCCCCCCUCAACAGCCCUGCACCGACGCUGCUGGGCAAAGAACUCCGCAGCCUCUGCACGCCCACUGAA